UCACCAAAAAUGAGUGCCAGUCUCAUCGAUUUCUCUUUCUCAUACAUGCUCUAUUUGUCCAUUUAGGAUCAACCCUGGUUAGAAAGUUUCUGGCUUUUGCUGAUAUCUCAAAAAGUAAAGCAAUAUAUAAUCUUCAUACGCGUUAAGGCCUACCCUUUUUCUCUCUUCCAUUCAUUUUCUUUUUCUUUCUUUCUUUCUUCCAAUGGUUUUGCUUUGAAUUCAAAAACCGCAAAGAAAGCAACGAUUUUGAAUGGAGGAAGGGUACUCCAGAAGCAAGUUCAAGACGCUGUGUGUCUUCUGUGGCAGCAACUCUGGCAACAGGCAGGUUUUCAGUGACGCUGCGAUUCAAUUGGGCAAUGAACUGGUUAAGAGGAACAUAGACUUGGUGUAUGGUGGGGGAAGUGUUGGGCUAAUGGGCUUAAUAUCCCAGAGAGUGUAUGAUGGAGGCUGCCAUGUUCUAGGGAUCAUUCCAAAAGUUCUCAUGCCUCUUGAGAUAUCUGGUGAAACAGUAGGUGAAGUGAGAAUUGUCUCAGAUAUGCACGAGCGUAAAGCUGCAAUGGCUCAAGAAGCUGAUGCAUUUGUUGCUCUCCCUGGAGGAUAUGGUACCAUGGAAGAGCUGUUGGAGAUGAUAACUUGGGCCCAACUUGGAAUUCAUAAAAAACCGGUUGGUCUACUGAAUGUGGACGGUUACUAUAACUGUUUGCUUGCAUUAUUUGACAAUGGUGUUAAAGAAGGCUUUAUCAAGCCUGGUGCACGGAAUAUAGUCGUCUCUGCUUCUUCAGCCAAAGAACUUAUGAUGAAGAUGGAGUAUUACACUCCUUCACAUGAACAUGUUGCCCCUCAUGAGAGCUGGCAGAUGAAGCAAUUAGGUAAUUAUCCAGGACGAGAGAAUGCAGAGUGAGACUGUUAUUGAUGGGAGGUUUUUCUCCAAAAUUGAUUUAUGAUGUGAUUCUUCAUCAUUUGAGAUGUAUACAAAAACCUGCUUAGAUGGGGCCAUAUGUUGUUUGUUACCGUGUACUACUUUGUCUUUAUGACUGGAAUUCUAAUAUCUAUGCUUUGCUGCUUUC